UUUACCGUCGUUCGGUUGUGAUGAUGUGAACGGGCCAAGCCACGCUUACGACAACUUGUUUAUGUCUUGCGGCAUGGUGUAAAAGUUCCCAAACUGCACCAGCAAUAUGAGUUUCUUCAAUUCGCUCUCGGAGUACGUCAGCAACAGUGUGGCAGGACUAAGUUUAAGCCCGAAAAGAUUCUCUCUCAGUCGGACAGAUACGGCGGAGGCGGCGGCCGCCGCCGCCGCCCCCACUGGCUCCCGCAGCAACUCCGGCGACAGCAACACCCCGGGCUUCCCCAAGGUGGUGCCGACUCCUGGGGCUAGCGCCCUAGUGCAACGCAGACGGAGCACCCUCGAGUGUCUCGUGCCCGCACCACCCGUCCGCCGACCGGGCUCCUUCAGGCAGAGGUCACCCAAGGCCACCCCGGAGAGACCGCCGACGUUCUGCUGCAGGAGGCUGAGCUGGCCCGAAAUCGACCACCAGGUUCGUUCCGGAGUUCAAGAAAUCGACGGCUCCUACUUCGAGAGCUUCACGGCGCUGGCCUGGAAACAAGAAAAUCAAAGACAAAGUGUUCUUAAAGCGGCGGAAGCCUGUGCCUCUGACGCGCCGCCCCCAGAACUGGAAUUGGGUAUUACACCUAUCGACUACUCGGCCUCCCAAAAUGAGAAGGAUAAGCUCUACGUCGAGAUGCUCUACACCAUCGCCAACACGGUGGGUGCGCCAGCGCCUGGUGGUCAGUACGCGCACUACAAGGAAGACCUCUACCUGUACGGUCAGAGGGCUUUCGGUAUGCCCCCCGACAGGCACUACAGGAUGCUGCACGUGGCGGGUGAAGAACAGCCGCCCAUAGUGGUGCUCAGCGUGGUCGUUAUCGAAGCGGAGGGACUCGAGGCCAAAGACGCCAACGGAUUUAGCGACCCCUACUGCAUGCUGGGCAUCCAGCCCAUGGCGGCGCCGUCGUCCCCUCAGCCGCUCACCCCCAACCGCACCCUGUCCGACGCUUGCUUACCCGAAGGACAGGGCAACCACGAGAAGCUGAGGAAACACCACAGCUUCAAGCUGAGCUUCAAGAGGAAGGACGGGCGCGUGAGGGAGCAACGCGACAGCCUGGGGGGCGCCCUGCCAGCCAAGUUCAUACGCGCCACCUCCGUCAAGCCGCACACGCUCAACCCCAAGUGGAACGAGAAGUUCAGGUUCGACAUAGACGACAUAAACAGCGACUCCCUGCAUCUCGACAUAUGGGACCACGACGACGAAAGUUCCGUUCUUGAGGCGGUGAGCAAAUUGAACGAGGUCCGGGGCGUCCGAGGACUCGGGAGGUUCUUCAAGCAGGUUUGCCAAUCGGCCAGGCAGAGUUCUCAAGACGAUUUCCUAGGAUGCGUUACGAUACCGCUUCAGGACAUCCCGUCCACGGGGCUGGAGGGCUGGUUCAAGCUGGAGGCCCGGUCGCAGCGCAGUUCCGUCCAGGGCAGGAUCCGGUUGAAAAUGUGGCUCUCGACGAGGGAGAACCGGGGGGUGUCGGAGGAGGACAACUGGACCGAACUGACGCAGCACGAGAACCUGUACGCCACCUUCGUUGAUUACGAGCUGAGGAAUUGGGGCAGGGAGACGUGGACUUGGAACGGGGACCUACCAGGGCCGGCGCUCACGAUCCUGCACCAGCACGCCGUCCAAGGAGACUUGACAGAGCUCCAGACGGCACUGGCGCGGUUCGUGGCCGCCGCCCGUAUCUAUCUGAAGUACCCCCUAGAUCCGCGGUGGAUGCUUCAGCUGCUAACCGACAUCGAAAACGCCUGGAUGAAUUUCACCCUGACGAGGGAGGAGGAGAUGUGGCUGGCGGAGAAGUUCACGGCGAUGCAAGAAAGAUGGCUGCAACAGUUGCGACACCACCGCCAACUAUUUCCCGCCCUUCACCCUCCAUCUCUGACCAGACUGGAAUACGUCCUCAGAUGCUUGGCGUACAUGUCUAAUAUGAAAGCAUUCUGGAAGUGUUGCCCAUUCAACAAGGAGAUCCGGGGGGAAAUAGUGGCGACGCUAAGGAAAGGCACCCCGGAAUGGUUCUCGGCGCUGAGGGCGUCGGUUAUGGCGUCGGACGAGUACGACGCCUCGUUCGUUGAUUUCUGUUCCGAGGUUUAUGUACAGCUGAAACACGGAUUGUCGCAUUACCAUCCGCUGUUCGAGGGUACGAACGGUAUACCAUACUUCAGCGUGGUUUUCAAGCAGAUAGACAAGCUGAUGUCGGACGAAGUGAUAGCGUUCCUCAACCAAAACGAGCACCCGGACGCUGCUUACAGCCGGCUUACCUUCGCCGUCUACCUGGAAGUGAAGGACCUGGCAACCUUCAACCAGAACCUGCCCAUGGGUGGGGAUCACAAGCUACUGUUGCCACGUUGUCACGAGUGGUUCGAACCGUCCGUUAGCUGCUGGUUAAAUAUUUGCAAGGCCAAGGCUCUCCAGCGGGUGAGAACGGCUGUGGAUCUGCAGAAGCCCUGCGAAGGAGACAAGCUCGUGAAGCACAGCUCCUCUGCCGUCGACGUGGUGGCGAUGUUCUGCCAACUUAGAGACUUUUGGAGACUGCUGCAAUGGCCUAAAGCUUACUCGGUACUACUGCUGUCUCAGUUACUCGACUGCAUUUGCUCGGCCGCUUUGCUCUACGCCGACAUCACCUACCAGGGCUUGAUGGAAACCGGAUACUUCGACAGGCUGGGGCCCUUCAAGAUUUGCGACGAAAUGUGUAUAGCUUCGAAUAAUUUAGAAUAUGUGUAUAAAUUUGUAUCGCUACUAGAAAAUUACUUCGAUUUCGUAACGCUAGAGUCAAUAGCGUCAGAAGUGCAAUUCGCCACAUUAACGAACCAAUUAGAUAGUACGCUAAGCCAAUUCCUAGUUAGGAUAAUGGACAUACUGAAGAGGGUGGGGCCGCAGAUGCAGGAGACGCUCAGGAAGGCGAUGUUCCACGUGGCAUGGUCGCCGGACACGCUGCCCACGAACGAAGCCGUCGAGCCGCUCUUCGACUACCUGCAUACCCACUUACAGGCGCUGAACUUGGCCCUUUUGCCGCAGAACUUCCACAAAGUGCUUUACGAGGUCUGGGAAUACACUUUGGCGGAGCUGAACCACCAGAUGGACGGAGGCACGAGCAGCGAAGAGAUGCCGGCCAUGUUCCACGACAGGCUGCACUCGGCGCUGGAACUGAUGGUGGACUUCUUCCACGCCGAGGGACAGGCCCUGAGUACGGACGUCUUGCAUUCGGCGACCUACUGUCAGAUCGAGCAGAGACUGCAAUACCACAGGACCGACACCGAAUCUCUAAUAGAGAUAUUCUACGGACAGAGGUUGCAGGAACAACUGAACAUCACCAGCAGUCCAUUCGGAAAUCUCGCCGUUAGGGCCUACUUCAACCACGAUUCCCUGUGCGUCGAGGUCCUGCACGCCAGGGACAUAAUACCCCUGGACCCCAACGGCUUCAGCGACCCGUUCGUGAUCAUAGAGCUGCUGCCCCACCGGAUAUUCCCCCACUGCAACGAGCAGCAGACCAACGUGCACAAAAAGACCCUCCACCCCAUCUUCGACGAGUGCUUCGAGUUCAGCGUGUCCCUGGAGCAGUGCCGCUCCCCGGGAGCCAUGAUAGCGUUCACGGUGAUGGACCACGACGUCCUCACGGCCAACGACUUCGCGGGUGAGGCGUUCCUGUCGCUGGGGAGCAUACCGGGGGUGGCGGACACCGGCCCCGGCGUGGACAACUUCCACGGCCUGAAGCCGGUGGAGCUGGUGCUCAUGCAGCAACAUCAGAAGAACCACCCGAUACUUCAAAUACUGGAAUCGAGGAUGGGGGACCGCCUGGCCGGCGAGUUCGUGAAGAAACAGAAACAGAGAUUUGCAAUCAAAUAAUUGGUAGAGUCUUAGUAUUUUAUACCUCUAUCUUCCUAAAGAAUGGUUGUAACCACUAUUUUUUCUACGUGACGUGUCUACUCGGCAAACUGACAGAUUUCUACACUUCUCCACGCACUGAAUUUUGUAUAUACAUAUUUAAAUGUAAUAAGUAUUUUUUAUAUGUUGAACUAACUCUUCAUUGUUUAACGCGGAACGCCCGUAAUAUUAAAAUACGUUCCGAGCCUACGGGACGGUGGAUAUUUUAAUGUGCGCGGGGAUUUCGCGUGCAGGAAUAUUGUUGGUUUGUCACGCUACUGAAUGUAUAGCCGCCUCCCUCAGUCUAAAAGGACUUUUCUAAUGCAAGAUCUACUUUUCGACGACUGACCGCGGUGUUGUAAAUGUUAGCUGUAGAUUUGUUACAACGCGUUUUCGAGGCGAACGAUAAAAAUGCCAGACUAAUACCGGGCGAAAAGGUCGCAGUUUGAUAUUCGUAUACCGAGACGUAAUUUUGAUAUGCAGUACGCGCCUAAAGUAUGGAAUAAAUUCGGUAAAAACGAAACGAAU